GCCGAGGCACGCAGCAGCUUGUCCUCACUUCACUUCACUUCCCAACAAACGGAAAAUCAAAGGAACUUGCUACCGGUAUCUUAGUGGUAGUGAAAGGUCAUGGCAAUGACGCCUUGUCUUCACCUUGCCUCUCUCUUUAACUUCCUUCCCCUGUCUCUCUUCUAUCCUGAGCCCUGUUCCUUUCAAUCCUAACCACUCAAGUAGUGAAGGGAAUGUCAAAGUGUAGAUGAGUUCUGCUCUAAGUUGCCACACCUGAGACACACGACAAAACAUUACCUUCCACUCAUUGCGGAACAGCAACCUUCAUAAUGCCAGUGCCUUUGGCUGUUGCAGCACCAGCUGCUCUAGCAGGUCUGGGAUAUUUCAAUGCCAGAACGGGGUUCAGUUACGAUUGGCGGUUACUGGGCAGCGCACUAGGAGCUCAAAUCAGAGGAGCAAUCCGAGAAAAGAAAGACAGGUUGAGCACAUUCUAUCUCCUCGAAGCUCAUGCUCUUGGCAAACAAGCCAACCAUCCACUUCUCAUCUUUGAAGGUCGGACUUGGACGUACAAACAGGUCUACGACAACGCACUGAAGUAUGGACAAUGGCUCAAGACGGUGCAUGGUAUCAAACCAAAGGAGAUUGUGGCUAUGGAUUUUAUGAACUCGGAAAAGUUCAUUUUCAUGUGGAUUGGGCUGUGGGCGAUUGGUGCCAAGCCUGCGUUCAUCAAUUACAAUUUGAGUGGAAAGGCAUUGGCGCAUUGCAUUCGGGUUGCCAAGGCCAACUUGGUACUCAUCGAUCCUCAAGUCAGCGACAAUGUCUCCCAGCAAGUUCAAGACGAGCUUUCAGGGAUUCGCUUCGAGGUCUUUACUCCAGAAAUCGAAGCUAGUAUCGCAACUAUGGAGGCGAAGAGAGAACCAGAUUCCGCCAGGAGCGACGACAAGAUCCAGAAUAUGGCUAUCGUCAUCUUCACAAGCGGAACUACUGGACUUCCCAAAGGAGCGAUUGUCAGUUGGAGUAAGAUCAUUGUUGGAAGUGGUUUGGUCCCUGGCUGGAUGUCAUUUACGAAGAACGAUGUUUUCUACACCAGCAUGCCACUCUACCACUCUUCCGCCAGUGUCCUCGGCUUCUGUACCUCUGUCACAGCAGGUGCUACCUUCUCCCUCGGCAAGAAGUUCUCCACGAAAGUCUUCUGGGAAGAAUGCCGCGCCACCAAUGCAACAACUAUCCAAUAUGUCGGCGAAACCUGCCGAUACCUCCUCUCCGCACCUCCUCAAAUCGAUCCUGUGACAGGCGAAAACCUCGACAAGAAAAACAACGUUCGUCUCGCCUUUGGCAACGGCCUUCGUCCAGAUAUCUGGAACCGAUUCAAAGAGCGUUUCGGCAUCGAAGCCAUCGCUGAGUUCUAUACCGCCACGGAAAGCACAUCCGCAAGCUGGAACUACAGCCGCAACGAUUUCUCCAAAGGAGCAGUUGGACGGAUCGGUACCAUCGGAUCAUUCCUAUUCGGCGGCGGCGCAGUGAUGGUCGAACUAGACUGGGACACCGAACAACCCAAACGCGAUCCCAAAACCGGCCUCUGCAUCCGCGUCGAGAAAGGCCAACCAGGCGAGCUAUUAUAUAAACUCGACCCCGCAGACAUCGAGCGGAAAUUCCAAGGUUAUUUCGGCAACAAGGGCUCUACAGAAGGUAAAAUCAUGCGCGACGUCCUUGAGAAAGGCGAUGCGUGGUUCCGGACGGGGGAUAUGAUUAUCUCCGACAAGGAAGGACGAACUUUCUUCAGCGACCGAAUCGGCGACACAUUCCGCUGGAAAUCCGAAAACGUAUCCACUAACGAAGUUUCCGAAGCUCUAGGCAACCACCCACAAGUCAAAGAGGCGAACGUCUACGGCGUGGAACUCCCGCAUCACGAUGGCCGCGCUGGAUGCGUGGCGCUUGUGCUUGCUGAGGAGCCGAAUGAGCGGUUGUUGAGAGAUCUGGCGGAUCAUGUGCAGGCUAGUCUGCCGCGGUUUGCGGUCCCGAUUUUUUUGAGGCUGACGAAACAGAUGGAGUUGACGGGGACGAAUAAGCAGCAGAAGCAUGUGGUGAGGAGUCAGGGGGUGGAUCCUGGGAAGAUGGGGGAGGAUGAGCUGUUUUGGUUGAGGGGUGGGACGUAUGUUAGGUUUGGGGAGAGGGAUUGGAGGGAGUUGAAUGGGGGAAGGGUGAAGUUGUAGUUUUGGUGUUGGGUUGGGGUUUGGAUGGCUGGGAGUGGAUUUGAAUUUGGAUUGGGAUGGGAGACGAUAGGAGUGGCGCAGGAGGGGUGUUGACGCGUUUCUUAUACCCUUUGCCAUGAUAUACGAAACCACACGUUUAUUUUUGCGCGUCGAAGACGUCUUUCAAACACGCCAUACGUGUACUAAUUCCUUACGAUUUCCUUAGCCUUAGAAUAAAUGAAUGUAUCACACAAUAAUC